CUUCAAGACCCAACAGCAGAGAAUGCGGAGCUCUCAGCCAGGUCUGAAUAGUGGAAGAGGUGGCUUCCAGCAGCAAGGUCGUGGAGGUGGACGAGGUGGACCUUCAUCACGUUCAAGGCGUGGCACGUCAGGAGCAGACCAGUCUAGUUCUAGAGGCGCUGCCGGACAGGAUUUCAUUACGCAGUGCGUGAUUUGCUUCCAGCCUCCGAUUCAACUGAGGACGAAUUUGCCUUUCCCGAUAGCGUACGAGAUUCAUUCUGGUGCAGAUGCUUUGGAUGGGGGUAGUUCCAGUAGGGCAGGUGGGAGCACAGCAUCCGGCAGUAGAAGAAGUGGUAGGAAUGCUGGUGGAAGCGGGUGGUCUUUUUUUGGUGGCGGCUCAUCAUCAAGUCGUCGCGCAAGGCGGCCGCCCUCUGGCGCUCCCAGUAGUAACGAGGUGUGCUCGGGUCAGCUCAGGCUGAACGAGCGGCAAGACGUGCACCAAGUGUCGCUUGACAAGGGAACGCUGACGAUGACACUGUGCAUGUACGCAACCGAGUGGAUGCAGACUCCUGUUGAGAUUUACCGACCGGCUUUUAUAGCGCCACAAGGUGAGACGUGGAAUCGCGGUCGCGACAGUGGGCUCAGCUAUUACCGAGAAGGCAUUCAAGAGCCGCAAUUCCAGAGACGGACCAUAGCAGAACAAGGCGGCGGUCGAGCCGGCGGCAGCUACACGAGUGGCGGCACUAGUCGAUCUGUUGCAGCUACGAACUCAGAGCAUGUUCCAGUCUUCUGCAAUGCUGUUCAAAAACCUGGCGCGACGAAUUACAGCCUAGCAACUGCUGGCUUCAAACAGGGUGGCCAAAAAGCGGGGAAGAACAAGAUGACAGGUAGCAAAGGCACAGGUGGAGGAGCCGGUGGUGGCAAUAGUGCCACUGCGGCUGCAGCGGGGGACGAUUUAGAGUACGACAGACUGAAGUUCGCACUAUCGGACCCAUUUGGACAGCAAACAAACCUCUGGGUAGAGUUCCAGAACCGGAGCGACGGCGUUUUGGACAUCAUCCUCUACACCGACUUAGUUCUAUGCAACUAUUUACCCCUGAACGUUGCAAAGAGCUUGCGUUUCCUCUAUUUCGACCGUCGAGGCGUGGACGUGCAGAGCUCAGACUACGGCUGGGGCGAUUGGUUUGACGACACUUUGCUCGAGCAUCAUCAGUC